GUCAUCUCAGAACUCGUUCAGGCCACCAGAGGCAGACAGAUUUCCGCCUCUUUCCUCUAGAAGGAUCUCACUUUUCUUUUGAACGGACCUUGAACGGGCUGAGCCCGACACAGACGGACAGGUGCUCAACACCUGAGCUGGCCGUCCAGUCGCGCCUCACCCGCCCUUUUUUUUUCCUCCAGACUUUAUUGACAAUCCACGUAACACCUCACCUGCACAUCGCACCUGCCGCAGCGCAGGCGCUGACGUCACGAAGUAAACAGACCGCUGAUCUCGAUCGAGCUCGGGAGGACCCGGACCGUCGGUCGUGCGAGGAGCCAAACAACCUGCUGGCCAUAACCGAUUUCCAACAAUGGAUAAACACUUGAACCAGGUAGACCAUUUAUUGGAAGCUCCAGACAAGACGCGAGUGGAGAAGAUAUCUGGCAGGACCAGGAAAGUGUCGUUGAUUGUGGGCCUGGUGGUGUGUGCCGCCGUUCUGGCUCUGGUGACCGGACUGCUGGUUUGGCAUUUCCACCUGCGCCGGGACAUCAGAGUGCAGCGGGUUUACGUCGGCUCCAUCGCAAUCAAAGAUGUGUUGUUCAAGACUGAGUAUGAGGAUCCCAGAAGUUCAGAGUUCCAGAAGAUGGCCAGUCUGGUCGUGAAGGAGCUGAAACUCCUGUACUCUAGUUACUCUGUGCUGAACCAGUACCUCAGAACAUCCAGGAUCCAGGCCUUCAGUGAUGGAGAUGACAAUGGCAUUGUGGCGUACUACCACUCUGAGUUCGAGCUUCCUGUGUCCAAGCAGGCCUCCCUGGAUGAGGCCAUCAAGACUCUGGAGCCCUCCGAAGACAAGAUGCUGGAAGUAAAGGGGAGGAUGACGUUCCAUCCCAAAAGCUCUAUGAGCAUCAGCCACAUCCUGUCUGGAGCUCUGGAUCCACGCAUGGGCAGAGCCUUGGUGUCGGAGAAAGCCACCACCAAGAUCCAUAUCACGGGGGAGGGGGGCCUCCUCCAGUCUCCGGGCUUCCCGGACACUCCAUACCCUUCAAACCUUAGCCAGCAGUGGCUUCUCCAGGCCGACCCACGGCACAGAGUCAAGCUGGACUUUCACACUCUGAUCCUGGAGGAUGACUGUCAGCACGACUUCCUGAAGAUCUAUGAUUCUUUGGUGCCCAUCGAGCUAUGCGCCUUGACAGAACAGUGUGGAUACCCUCAGGAAUCCUUGACCUUCCUGUCAUCUGGGAACGUCAUGCUGUUGACGCUGGUCACCAACCAGGAGAAGAACUUCCCUGGUUUCAGAGCCUUCUACUCCCAGGUUCCUCUGGAUAGUGGAGAAUGUGGAGGAAGACUGUUAGGAGAGAAAAGCUCGUUCUCUUCUCCGUUCUUCCCCUCCAACUACCCACCAAAGGCAUCAUGCCAAUGGGACAUUCAGGUCUCAAAGGAGAGGUUUAUCAAGUUAGAGUUUGAAAAGUUUGCUGUGGGAAAUCAAAGCGAGGAGUGCCUCCAUGAUUACCUGGAAGUUGACCAAGAUCGAUUCUGUGGCAGGAAGUUAAAAAGCAGUUUCAUCAUCAUCAAAAGCAGCAAGGCCACCGUGACGUUUCAGUCUGGCUCAUCCUAUGUUGACCAGGGUUUCCUCAUCAGAUAUGAAUCUUUCAUUCCGUCUGAUCCUUGUCCCAAACAGUUCCGCUGCAGCAGCAACCUUUGCAUCAACACAACUCUGCAGUGUGACGGCUGGAACGAUUGUGGAGACAACAGUGAUGAGAUGUCCUGCAUCUGCAGGAAGUCUUACAUUAAGUGCAAAAACGGCUUGUGUAAGCCCCAGAUGUGGACGUGUGAUGGAUACAAUGACUGUGGAGACGGAACUGAUGAGGAGAACUGCAACAGAUGUAAAGAUGGGGGCUUUUUAUGCAGAAGCGGUCGCUGCAUCUCCCAGAGUCUGAAGUGUAACGGAGAAAAUGACUGUGGCGAUGGCUCCGAUGAGUCCCAAUGUAAACGAUCACUGGUGCUGGGUUGCUCAGAGUUUACCUUCCGCUGUGCAAAUGGUCGCUGCAUCAGUAAAAUCAACCCUGAGUGCGAUGAAGAGCAGGACUGUGAGGAUGGCUCAGACGAGGCAGACUGUUCAUGCGGCAUUGUGCCGUUCCGCAGUUCCCGUGUUGUGGGCGGCGUGGUGUCUAAGGAGGGGGAGUGGCCCUGGCAGGUCAGUCUUCACUUCAAGGGGGAGGGGCAUGUGUGCGGUGCGUCGGUGCUGAACAACCGCUGGCUGCUAACUGCCGCUCACUGUGUCCAGGACAGCCAAGUCAAAAGAUACUCUGAAGCCCACCACUGGGAGGCGCUGUUGGGUCUGCAUGUGCAGGGUCAGACCAACGAGUGGACAGUGAAGAGGAGGGUGAGACGGAUCAUCGCCCACGAAGACUUCAGCUAUGAAACCUAUGACAACGACAUCGCCCUGAUGGAGCUGGACGCCGACGUCCGCCUCAACCAAUACAUCUGGCCCAUCUGCCUGCCCUCCCCCGCCCAUGACUUCCCAGCAGGCCAAGAGGCCUGGAUCAGUGGCUGGGGGGCCACCUCUGAAGGAGGGUUUAGAGAAAAAUUCCUGCAGAAGGCAGCCGUCCGGAUUGUGAACACCACAGUGUGCAGCAGCCUGAUGGAGGACCAGAUCACGGACAGGAUGCUGUGUGCUGGAGUCCUCGAGGGAGGUGUGGAUGCCUGUCAGGGCGACUCUGGUGGGCCCCUGACUGUCCAAAAAAACAGGGAUGAGCGGGCCUUCCUGGCUGGAGUGGUGAGCUGGGGUGAAGGCUGCGGUCAGAAGAACAAAGCAGGCAUCUACACCCGGGUCACCAAGUUCCGCUCCUGGAUAAAGGAGAACUGUGGAUUGUAGCAGCUCCAAGCUGGACUUACCAUAUGAACUCUGUGUAUCCUGGACAACGGAAGGCUUUUGGGAGGAACAAAAGAAAAAACUAAGAAUACUGUCACUGAUCAACUGUUUCAAUUAAGUUCUAUUCAUUUAAAAAGUAUUUUUAGGAUUCAUGGCCUAACAGAGAUCAUCCUCCAAAACUAUAGUUUGGACUAAAAUAAAGUGGUGUAAGGUGAUGAGGGGAUUUUUGACAAUUAAGUUGUUUCCUUUGUUCAAAGAUGUUAUUUUUGCACUCGAGUUGAAAAUGUGAUGUGUGAAUCAUUGCCCAUUGUUGGAAUGUUUGUCUUUCACUACUAUGAGGUGCAGGUUUGGAGGUUGGGGGUGUGUGUGGUGUCAUCACCAUAACAUUCAGAUGGAGCAACUGUUUGGAGUCAUGAGCCUCUUACUGAAGAAAGAUGUUUGCUUGUUUGUCCCUAAUAAAUAUGCUAACAGCCUAAAGAA